AUGCUGCAAGCUCUUGGCCUUACGCUGACACGAAGUCAACUUCUUGAUCGAGCCUCGGGUCUGGAGGAGAAGCUUGGAGCAACACCCUGGAAACAGUCGCUGGAAGAUGAGGGUAAGUAUUAUGAAGAUGGAGUUAGUUUGGAAGAUACACCCUUCUGGUGCCCAAAGCUUGCAGAAAUCCUCAACGAUAUCGAGACAUCCGUCACUUUGACAAAUAGCGCACCUUCGCCACUACUUGCGCGCACUAACUCGAUCCAUGACACGGGAUCACCAGUGCCCAAGUGCACACCUGCCGGCAGUCUCACUCGGCAUGGUACUAAUACAGGUACGCUUGAAGAACUAGUGGUCCCCUUGUACCAACAAGAGUUGCCCACAACCGGCGAUGAACAGAAUAUUGACAUAACCGCCACUCGCGCGGGGUAUGAGCUCGCCAAAUACCUACGAUCGCGUGAUUUUGCUGUCCUACACGUGCUUCCCCAACUUUCUACCAUUCUGCCAGAUGUGGGAUGUUGGCACACAUCGAUUCUGAUCAAGCUAAUGGCCUCCUUGAUCCACAAUGCAUUGCUCAUAAUGCCGGAAUCGAUAUCUGCCUUAUCUACAGCUAGCAAGGCGCUUUCUGAGGCCAAUUUCAGAAGGUUCGAGAGCGGCGAUGCUGAGAGCUUCGAGGCAGGUCUUGAGAUUCUAGCAUCGCUUCCACCACUUGAUAUAAGCGGAAGGCGAGAACUGGUGAUCAUCGUGGAUGGCCUAGACACAGCUGAAAGCGAGAGAACACAGGACAGGGUGAGAAAGUUCGAGGGGGUUCUAAGAAAUCUGUGCACAAAGCAGAAAGCGCAUUUGAUAUACACCUUGAGUGAUAGCCUCAGCAUGGUCGGUAGGUAA